CUGCGGCUGUCUAACCAUGAAUAGUUUCGGGGGCACCUCUGUCUUCUGCAUACUAGCAGCCUGGGCUUUCACGGACCCAUCGCUGGGGCAGGAUGAUGCUGGAUUUCAAAAAUGCAAGGAUGCCUUGAAAGUCCCUGUUCUGGAAGUCUUACCUGGAGGAGGCUGGGAUAACCUGCGGAAUGUGGACAUGGGUCCCGUGAUGAACUUGACUUACACCAACUGCAGGACCACGGAGGAUGGACAGUACAUCAUCCCUGAUGAAAUCUUCACUACUCCCCAGAAACAGAGCAAUCUGGAGAUGAACUCAGAAAUCCUGGAUUCCUGGGUGAAUUACCAGAGCAGCACCUCCGCUUCCAUCAACUUGGAGCUCUCUCUUUAUUCCAAAGUCAAUGGCAAGUUCUCCGUGGAGUUCCAGAGGAUGAAGACUCUCCAAGUGAAGAACCAAGCCAUUAUGACCCGGGUUCAGGUAAGAAACCUGAUCUACACGGCCAAAAUCAACCCCACUUCGGGGCUGAACUGGAGGUUUAAGAAGGAGCUCAUGAGUAUCUCCGACCGUCUGGAGAACAACCAGACCCGGAUGGCCACCUACUUGGCAGAGCUUCUGGUCCUCAAUUAUGGCACCCACGUGGUCACCAGUGUGGACGCGGGGGCUGCCCUCAUCCAGGAGGACUACAUCAGGAGCUCCUUCCUGCAGGACAGCCAGAGCAGCCACCGUGCCAUAUCCUCGUCCGCGGGAGUGACCUUCCAAAACAUCAUCAACUCCAAGUUGGAGGAGAAGUCAGCUUUCCAGGAUGCCUUCACCAAGAACUACCUCUCCAACCGCACCAACUCCAGGGUGCAAAGCCUGGGAGGGGUUCCCUUCUACCCAGGCAUCACGCUCAAGGCCUGGCAGGAGGGCAUCAAAAACCACCUGGUGGCCAUGGACCGCAUCGGGCUGCCGCUGCAUUUCUUCAUUAACCCCGACCUGCUGCCCACCCUGCCCGGCCCCCUGGUGAAGAAGCUGUCCAAGACGGUGGAAGGCGCCGUGAGACGCUACUACGCCUUCAACACCUACCCCGGCUGCACGGAUGUCAAUUCGCCCAACUUCAAUUUUGAGGCCAAUACCGAUGAUGGCUCUUGCGAGGGGAAGAUGACCAACUUCUCCUUUGGGGGGGUUUAUCAGGAAUGCACCCAGUUCUCAGGGAGCGACGUGGUUCAGCUCUGCCAAACCUUGGAGCAGAAGAACCCGCUCACUGGCGCCUUCUCCUGCCCCUCGGGCUAUGCACCUGUGCGUCUGCUGUCGCAGACCCAGGAGAUGGGCUACAACCACCUCGAGUGUCAGCGCAAGUGCACCCUCCGCAUCUUCUGCAAGACCGUGUGUGAGGACGUGUUCCGGGUGGCCAAGGCUGAAUUCAGGGCUUUCUGGUGCGUGGCCACCAGCCAAGUGCCGGAACACUCUGGGCUCCUUUUUGGGGGCCUCUUUAGCGAGAAGAGCAUAAACCCUCUGACAAAUUCCCAGUCGUGUCCAGCUGGCUAUAUUCCUCUGAGACUCUUCGAAAGCCUCAAGGUAUGUGUCUCCCAGGACUAUGAGCUGGGGAAUAGAUUUUCGGUCCCGUUCGGUGGAUUCUUUAGCUGUACUGUUGGGAACCCCCUGGUGGACCCUGCCACAGGCAAAGAUUUAGGGGCCCCUUCUCUAAAAAAGUGCCCCGGGGGCUUCAGCCAGCACCUCGCCCUCAUCAGCGAUGGCUGCCAGGUGUUGUACUGCGUCAAGGCGGGGCUCUUCACUGGGGCGGCCCUGCCCCCCGCCAGGCUUCCGCCUUACACCCGGCCGCCCCUCAUGAGCCAGGCCGCCACCAACACGGUCAUAGUCACGGACCCCGAGACCGCCAGCUCCUGGAUCAAAGAUGCCCAGACCCACCAGUGGAAGCUGGGGGAGCCGCAGGAGCUGCGCCGGACCUUGACCGUGAUCCAUGAGGGCGCGGGCGGCCUGUCGACUGGAGCAGCAGUCGGCGUCACCGUGGGGGUCAUAACGGCCCUGGCAUCGGUCACCCUGCUGGUCAUCUACAGGAUCCAGAAGUACAAGAAAAGGGGCUACCAGACCAUCCAGGAUGACAGGCAGAGUCUGGCUCCGGGAGCUGCCACCCAUGGAGACGGUGCUGAUCAAGGGCAAGACCCGUGUCCAGCCUGAAUCUCCCAGCCUCUCUGUCCAUCUGCAGCCAGAGCUUCUAGCACAGCUUUAAUGUCUCUCUCCACUCUGCCUUCUUAGGGACUGAAAUUGCAUGUAUAACAAAAAUCAGGUACAACUUAGUGACUUGCUUAGGUCUCUGGGACAGGAAAUUAAGAAAGCUUCCUGGGGAUUUUAAGGAACACUCAU